GCGGCUUUAAGGCGAUGGCGGCGGCGGCGCAAACGGCGGCUGUGUGCCGCCAGGCGGGGUCUCCAUGGAGACGGGAAGCGGGAGAAGGGCCGGCGGCGGCGGCUGGGCGGCAGAGACGACGCUGAAGAGAGGCCGAGGUGGCGAGAGGCUGCGCUAGGCCGCAGCCUGGGGAGGGAGGUCGCGGUGAGAGGCCGGCUCCGGCAAGGGGAGGAGUGCCAGGAAGGCCGGGUGCCGCCGCUACUCGAGGCCGAGGCCCAAGCCCCGGGUGGGGGCUCGUUGGAGAGGGCGGAGUCUCUGACAGGGAUUCCCCCCGUCCUCCGCCCCCCCCCCCGUCUCCCUGACAGCCCGAGCCCGGAGCCGAGUGCGGCCGGAGAUUGCCGAGCGGGGAGCCGCUCACUCAGCCAGCGACACCGAGGAGCCGGAGACCACGACCACGACCAGGCCCAGGCCGCGGGAGCAGGAACCUCCUCCGGCGGGAUGGCAGCCAACAUGUACCGGGUCGGAGAUUAUGUCUACUUUGAGAAUUCAUCAAGCAAUCCUUUCCUAAUUCGAAGAAUCGAGGAACUAAAUAAGACUGCGAAUGGCAAUGUUGAAGCAAAAGUGGUUUGUUUCUACAGAAGGCGAGACAUACCAAGUACACUUAUUGGACUGGCAGACAAACAUGCAAGCCAAGAGCUGGAUAAUUGUGAUGCAACACUACCGACUGAGGUCCCUGAUGUUCCACAAGAAACACUGCCUAAAACUGAGGACCUUGAGGAGGAAAUGGAAACAGAAACAAACAUGGACGGCCCACAGCAGUUGACUGAGAAACAGCAACACCAGCUCAAACAUCGAGAGCUGUUCCUAUCACGCCAGCUGGAGUCCUUACCAGCAACACACAUACGAGGUAAAUGCAGUGUGACUCUGCUGAAUGAAACCGAAGCAGUCUUUUCCUAUCUGGAGAAAGAGGAUUCGUUUUUUUACUGUCUAGUUUACGAUCCACAGCAAAAGACUCUUCUAGCAGAUAAAGGAGAGAUCCGUGUAGGUCCCCGGUACCAGGCGGACAUUCCUGAUUUACUAAAAGAAGAUGAAGAGGAUGAAAGAGAUCAAUUAAAGCUUGAAGUAAAAAUCUGGGAUCCAGACAACCCCCUGACCGACAGGCAGAUAGAUCAGUUCUUGGUCCUUGCACGAUCUGUAGGUACGUUUGCUCGGGCCUUAGACUGCAGUAGCUCCAUACGACAGCCAAGCCUACACAUGAGUGCUGCUGCUGCUUCUAGAGAUAUCACACUGUUUCACUCAAUGGACACAUUGCAUAAAAAUAAUUAUGAUGUAUCGAAGGCAAUCUCAGCGUUGGUGCCGCAGGGAGGCCCUGUGCUCUGUCGGGAUGAGAUGGAAGAAUGGUCGGCCUCUGAAGCCAAUCUAUUCGAGGAGGCCCUAGAAAAAUACGGCAAGGACUUUAGUGACAUUCGACAAGACUUUCUUCCAUGGAAAUCAUUAACCAGUAUAAUCGAAUACUAUUACAUGUGGAAAACAACUGACAGAUAUGUACAACAGAAACGCUUGAAAGCUGCUGAAGCAGAGAGUCGACUAAAGCAGGUUUACAUCCCCAACUACAAUAAACCAAACCCUAAUCAGAUCAAUGUGAAUAACGCAGUCAGCAAACCAGGGAUGGUGAAUGGAGCUGGGUUCCCAGGACAGAACGGAGGAGCUGGCAGGGCUUGUGAGAGCUGCUACACAACCCAGUCAUACCAGUGGUAUUCAUGGGGUCCUCCAAAUAUGCAGUGCAGACUGUGCGCAGCUUGCUGGAAUUACUGGAAGAAAUAUGGUGGCCUGAAGAUGCCAACAAGGCUGGAGGGCGAGAGACCUGGGCCUAACCGUAACAGCUCGAAUCCCCAUGGGUAUUGGGUAAAAAAUGCCAACCCGAAGUUUACACUGAAGACGCGACAAGCAUUCUGUCUUCAGACAACGAGACUUACCAAAAUUGCACGGUAUUUCUGUCAGAAUCUGUUUCGCCCACGACAGGCAGCACGGCGACCCUUCAUACCAAUCAACAGUGCGGCUAUCAAAGCAGAAUGCACUGCUCGACUUCCAGAAAUCGGGGAGAAGGCAAUUAAGCUCAAACCUUUCAUCAGGAAGUCAUUGGAAUCCAUAGUAAAGUAUCUGGAACUCCAUCCACCUGUUAAGACUGUUCCCAGUCUGGCUGUACAUUCAGGCAGUAUGACACCCGCCAAGAUGCCCCCUGUCCUAAACCAUGGCUCUCCAACUAUUCUGGGCAAACGAGGAUACGAGCAGCACAAUGGCAUUGAUGGCACUAUGAAGAAACGUCUGUUGAUGCCGUUUAGGGGUAAGACAAUCGCGCAGUCGUGCUCACGGCUACACGCUCAUCCAAAUCAUGGACAAGUUAGACAAAUGACUGCUAUCAAUCGGGGUUACAUGAUUAAUGGGAAACCGUAUUCAAGGAACUCCAAAGUGCUGAAACCGGGGUCCCUUCCACCAAUGAAGGGCAGGAGGAUGAACUGGAUCGAUGCACCAGAUGAUGUUCUUUUCAUAGCAACAGAUGAAACUCGGAAAGUGCGUAAGAUGCUGGGCCCGGUUGAUAUGAAGCGGGCAGCACGUCAGCCCUACAGACAGAUUCUCAUUCGACAAGGACGUACGUCUUCUGCAUCACAACAAGCCAGGCAGCCCAUGAAUGAAGAACCAAUAGUCAUCGAGGAUUAAUGCAAAGUGGAGUUUUAAUAAAGCAAGAGACUUGUAGUCCCUGUUAUACUUGAACCUUCAGUAAGCAUGAAGUAGAGCUCCUGAACUAGACUCCAAAUCAAGUGCUUGUCAGCCUCACGUUUAAGAUCAAUUUGAAGGAUUAUUAUUUGAGUUAAAUUUCCAGUGUCCUUCCAGAGUGGACAGUGGCAGUGAACAGACAGACAGUGGCCGAUGGCUACAGUUAAAGGCAGCUCCGACAGCCUCUUCCACCCCUUCUCGGUGGCUCCCACCUUUUUUUGUUCCUACAGGAAGCGGAGCUGCCUCGUGAUGUUAUUUGCGAACCUGAAUGGCCUGUGGUUCUCUUUGUUCUUCGAACUCUCCUCCUGCUCCAGUGUGUGCUGCUGGCACUCCCAGAACAAUGUGGUUGUCUAUGGCUUGGUAAAAGGUUUUUUUUAAAAAAGAAAAGUAAAGAAAAAGAUUUUAAGAAUUCCUUUUAUUUUGAGAAUUGUCUGUAAUAGUUUAAGGAGGUGCCGUUUCUCCUCGGUUUAAGAAGCAAGUUUUGUUUUUAUGAACUGGUUGGCGUGCAGUUAAUGCAGUGCAUUGUUUUUGCAUGUUACACUGUAUAUUGUAUCCUUGAACCCAUUUAAAAUGGUGCAGUUUUCCAGUGGAACCGAAGAGGGAAAAAAAAACUUUCUUAAAAGACUUUUUUUCAUGUAUGACCUUGAAUCUUUUCAUCACUUGAGAUUCGUUAUUGCAAGUUUCACAGUGAAUAAUUAUGUACAAAAUAUUUUUCCAUGUUUCUGACUUGGGUUGUGUUUGAAGCACCCUGAUUUUCACAGUGAGAUAUAUUCCUACUACAAGGUUCUAUAGUUUAGUGUGCUGAUAUGUACAUACACUGCUAAUGUAGUUGGUAAGUUAGUGUUAUUCAGUCAUUCCAUAGGAUUCAGGGAGGGGCAGUGGAUGUAAAGUUUUACUGAUUCACUUUGUAACAGCUUAAGGACAUGCAGUGUCCCCACUGGGGCAACCUGGACUUGGUGUCCCUCUUGGAAUAGUCAAAUGAAGCUCAUUCUUAGCCAUAUGAAAACAAUAAAGCAUCAACUGAAAUCUCUCCAAGUUACUUUCUUCUACUUUAGCAUUUUAUUUUGUCAAGUGCUCUUUGUGACACGUGUGGCAUGUUUUCUUUUCAGCAUCUGCGAGGAGCCUUUGAACCCUGUUCCUGUGCAGUCUUCCACACCUUUUCAGAACCAGUCCCACAGCUUGAAACGUAACAAAUAUAUGCCCCACAGUUAAAGAAAUGGGACUGUGAAAACAGAGCCAUAGGGCAGUUAGCAUAACAGUCAGUUUGGAGUCUGUUUUUAGUGGCAUGAUAAGAGAUGACACUGAACAGAGUCAACAUGAUUACAGAAAGAGGUAUGAAAACUGCUAUUUAUUUUAAAUGUGUGUAACCAAGAGGGUAGAUAAAGGGAAACCAACAUUUACAAUAUUUGGAUUUCAAAAAGCAUUUGAUAAAGGUGGCAAAGUUAGCUAUGAUAAGAAAGCAUGAAGGCUACAAAGAGAUAUAGGAGAUAGUAAGAACUGCAAAUGCUGGAAUCAGAGUCAAUACAGUGUGGAGCUGGAGGAACACAGCAGGUCAGGCAGCAUCAGAGGAGCAGAAAAGUUAAUGUUUCAUGCCUAGACCCUUCAGGACUUCAUGAUAUAGGUUAGAUUAGUGGAAGAGAGUUUGGCAGAUGAACAAUAACAUGGGAACGUGAUAUUAUCCACUACAGGAGCAAGAACAAAGAAGAAUGUUUUUAAAAGGUGAGAGAUUGGGAGGUGUCGAGAUUCCUUGAGAGUCAAGUGACCUUGUACACUAGUCACAGCAACUGUUUGCAGCACGUGAUAUGUUAACUAACUUCCAUUACAAAAAUUACUGGACUCUAAGUAAAGAAAUCUUAACUGCAGUUAGAGGUUUGUGAAAGCAUACCAGGAAUACUGUAUGCAGUUUUGAUCUCACCCUCUGGAAGGAUGAAUUUGGAGGAGGUGCAAUAAAGAUUCAGUGGAUUGAUUCCUGGGAUGACGUGAUUGUCCACUGAGGAGAGAUUGAAUACAAUAAACCUAUAUACUGUAGAAUUUAGAGGACUGAAAAUGAUUUGUAAUUGGCUCUCCUGCGAGGGCUUCAUGGAUUAGAUGUUGGGAAGGCUUCUGCUUGUGAAUAUUUAGAACACAAGGCCCCAGUGUAAAGUUAAAGCUUCUGCUAUUUAGGAACAAGAUUUUUUUUCCCCCACUCAAAGGAUUGCACAUCCUCAAUUCUAUUCCGAGAGCUGUAGAUGAUGUCGUUGAACAUACUGUUUAAAAAAAAGCAAGCUUAACAGAUUUCUUUUACUAUAGAAUUGAGGGCUGCUGAGAUAAUGCAGUGAAUGUAGGGUUAAAGCAGGUUUGAAAUCCCACUUGGCCUACCCAUAUUUCCAUGUUCUUACAGUACUUUCACUCUUGUUUCCCACCACACAUCCCCCCCUCCCCCGACACACACACACACCACGGAAAAUAUCAUCUUUAAAUCUACCCUGUUGAACUCCUUCAUAGUGUGUAGACUUCCAUGAGUCAUCUCCUUAAAGUAAGAAAGGCCCAGUUUGUUCAGUCUGUCCUGAUGGUUAUAACCUCAAUCUGAGGUUAUCUUUGUCAAUCUUCUUUGCAAUAUCUCCAGUCCCUCUGUUAUAUUAGUAAUGUAGAAUCCAGAACUGGGCACAGUUUUCCUAAAUAUGGACAGAAGAAUGUACAUUUAGUUGAACAUAACUUCCCUAAUAUUCAAUUUUGCUCCCUUUUGAAAUGAACUCUCUUGCUGUGGUUACCGUUUAGCAGAUGUCUAACUGAUUUUAACUGACCUUGAUACUUUUUAUGAAACUGAGUUCCUAGAUCCCUUGCUGCUCUAUACAAACUUAGGCAAUUCUUUUACAAGGUGUGAAUGACCUCUUUACCUUUUACAGCAAAUGCAUCCUUGCACUAAUCUCAGUUGAAAUUAAUUUCUUUUCCUGAUUUACCAGACUGAUCCUAGGGAUAAUGGGAUUGUCUUGAGAGAACAGACUGAGUGAGUGAACUGGGCCUAUGUUCUAGAGAAUCAAAGAAUGAUUGAUGAUCUCCUUGGAACUUGCAAAAAUUCCCUCAGGGUUUGACAGGGUAGAUGCGGUUAGGAUGUCCCUCCUUCUCCACCUGGGCUAUGGGGUAGUGGCAGUCUUAAAAUGUGGUCUAGGUCACUUCAGACUGAGGUGAAGAGGAAUUUCUCUGUGACGAUAGUGAAUCUUUGGAAUGUUGUACACUAGAGGGCUGUAGAGGGUCAAUUUGAAUCUGGAAAUCUGGAUACUGACUAUUUCAAGGUGUAUGGUGAUGGCUGGGGAAAAUGGCUGAUGUGGAAAAUCAACUUUGAUCUGAUUAAAUGGCAGAACAGUUUCAAUGAGUCAAUAGAUAAAUGUCAAGGGCAAUUAGGAACAGGCAAAAAAUGCUGGCCGGCCAGCCAGUGAUGCCCACAUGCUAUGAGUGAAUAAAAAAAUCAAAGGUAUACUCCCAUUCCCUUUAUUCUUUUAAAUCACUUUUAUAGAAAUAUACACUUAAAUGUGAUGUAUUGCGUUCUGUGGACUAAUCAACUGAAUGUAAGAAAAUUAAAUGCACAAAUGUCUUUGAUUAGAUUUCUAGUCAUAAAUAUGAUUUCUCAGUCAAGUGUCAAUAAAUAUAAGCCUAAAAGGGUGUAACUCA